AUGCUCGCUCAUCUGAGUGUGGUGAAGCGUGUGACCAUGAAGCUGGCUUUGCUACCGUUAUUUAUUUUAUCAAUCAAUGCUUUCCCAACAGCAAAGGACACUGAGGAGCCAAACCUGUCUCCAUCAGAGAGUCAGUCAGCUUUCGUGGCCCUGGAUGAAGUCCAGCUUAUUGCUAAUGGCCUACUGCAGCUCGGUAAAAACCUGAGGGACUUUGUGCAAAAGACAAAAGGCCAGAUUAGCGAUAUCUUGCAAAAGCUCAACAUUUUUGAUAAGUCCUUCAACCAGCUUUCUGUGCUGGCCGGCGAGAUCAAAGACAAAGAACAGGAACUGAAGAAGAGCACUGUGGUGCUCAAAGCAAGUAACGAGGAGAUCAGGAGCCUGUCUCUGGAGAUGGACUCGAAAGUAGAGGACAUCAUGAGGGAGAGAAUCCAGCUGUGGAAUCAGGUUGGAGAGCUCGAGAAGAAACUGAGUGGACUUUCUGAAGGUCUCCUCUCAGCAGAUCAGGUUGCAGAAAUUUCAGCACUCACAGAGGUGAUCCAAGCCCAAGAUGGGAGUAUCUCAGAGCUGCUGAAGGUGGUGAAGGAGCAAAAUGAGCACUUAACUGACCAGAAAAACAAGAUCAAAAGCCUGGAGAAUAAGCUAAACUCUGCCAGACUUCAGGAAACUCUGCCUAAGUUUAGUUGGGAUGCUGAAAGCUACAGCAUGUCGGAAUAUCUGUCCAACUAUUCCCAUGACGGAAGCUUUUCAAGUGAUUUCCCCGGAGACUGUGGUGAGGUCUUCAGCAGUGGAGAGAAAACCAAUGGCCUGUAUCCCAUUAAGCCAAAUGGAUCCGAACCUUUCCUUGUGUACUGUGAAUUCACGGAGGAGGGAGCGUUCACGCUUAUUCAGCGCAGACAUGAUGGCUCUGUUGAUUUUAACCAGUCCUGGCAAAGUUAUGAGGAUGGAUUCGGAGACUUCAAGAGUGAGUUCUGGCUUGGUCUGAGGAAGAUCUUCUCCAUCACCCAGCAGGGCGGCUCUCUCCUGCGCAUUCAGAUGGAGGACUGGAAACAGAAUGCACAUUCAAUGGAGCUCCAGUACAUGCUGGAGGGCCCUGACUCCAACUACACCGUCCACCUCAGGACAGGAGAUCCGACCAUAGAUAUGGACGUCCCGACAAGACUGAGGUUCUCCACUAAAGAUCACAACGAUGGAAAUGGACUCAAAGACCCAAACUGUGCUCAUGAUUAUACAGGAGGCUGGUGGUUCAGCGCUUGUGGAGAUGUCAACCUGAAUGGAAAAUGCAUCCAGAGCCAAGCUCGCAGGAAAGGAGUCCAAGGGAAGCGCAACGAAGGACAGUCCCACUUAAAAUCCACACAGAUUUCCAUCCGUCACCGUCAGGAAGCAUAG